UACUCGUGUUUAUAGAAAUUGCACGUUUAUAUGAAUUUAUGAUUGCGGGGAAAUUGGCCGUUGCGAGCAACAGGCGGACUGUGUCGGCACCCGCUGGGCUGGACACGAUGGACAGCAACAUGGACCUCGCGAGCGACGGAGCCACCGAGGCUCGAGCAGCCAAGUCCAGGCGAUACAUACCGGAGCUGUGGCGGGAGUACCCGGAGCUGGGUCGCAGUGAUACCACCUUGCACCCCAGUUACACCAACCUGGCGCUACCGUACUUCGCGGUGUGCGCGCAGAGGUACAACAAGAGCUACGAGGACUACCAGCGCCUGCUGCGGCGCUCGGUCGACACCACGGCGAGUCUGCAGAGGAGGGCGCUGGACGGGGUGAGAGUGCAGGCCAUCUUCAGCGCGCCAGGGCCGCAGCUGCCCCAGUUCCGAGACCCCUUCACGCCUCCAGAGCGCAGGAGACUCGACGAGUUGCUGCGGGAACCAUGACGCCUCGCCCCUCGCCCCUCACUCUGCCCCGCCAUUCUGGUCGCGCAGCAAACCGGAGUGCGAGUGGUUUUUAUAUUCUUUCAGUUUCUUUUCUUUUAAAAAUGUUACAAUUGGCUACGUA